UUUCACUCGGACGAUCCUCCUGGGGAAAUACGGGUGGCCUUGGAAUUUACUGAACAUUAUGUAACUGAAAAGUUUGGUUCAAGGCAGGCGUGUCAAAUUAUCGUAAUUACAGAUGGUCGAAUGCCACAAGCGGAUGAAGUUAGUAAAGAUGAUCAUUCAAAACAAACUGAGUGUACAUUGCAACGGUAUAAAAAACUUUUGAACAGACAUCUGCCAUCCAGAGUUACAAAAAAUCACCCUAAAGGUGAAUUUACUCUCGAAAAGGAAGCAAUCCUUACUCAAUGCUUACAAUUACUAGGUGAUACCGAUUUUGAGGAGGAAGAUGAUGAGGAUAUUGAAGCAAUGGAUUAUGAAGAGGAAAGGGAAGAUCCUGAAGAUUACGAAGAUCGUAAAGAUGAGGAAC